CCGGGCGAAUCCUCCGCUAGUACGGAGACGACCGGGCUCUCAAGAUGGCGGCUCCAUGCGGAAACAGCCCCAGGGAGCAGCCAUGUUGCUUCCUGAACAAAGCCUCUGAAGAUGCGGAACGGGCAAAACCGCCCCGUACGGAACAACGCAGCCUCGGGAGCCUGGUGUGGUGCUCCCGGACAGGAAGCAGGAGAGUUUGCCAAUAUGGAUGUGACAGCGGUUCCCAUUAAGCCGUGAUGGGGGUUUUGGGACCUGAUAAUCCAGCUGGGAGUCAGAGGCGGGAUGUGUGCGGUGAAGGAUCUGUUUUGAUACAGCCUGGGAUACCUCCUAUAAAAUAAUCUCUCUAUCAUGGGAACCCCCACUUCCUCUGGGCUAGUUCUGCUCUGUCUGCAUGACCUGUCCUGGGACUGAGGAAAGUUUACCAGUCAUCUGGCCUUUUGGAAAAGAGCAAAAAAUGAUGAAGUCCCAGGGGUUAGUAUCAUUCAAGGAUGUGGCUGUGGAUUUCACCCAGGAGGAGUGGCAGCAACUUGACCCUGCUCAGAGGACCCUGUACAGGGAUGUGAUGCUGGAGAACUACAGCCACCUGCUCUCAAUGGGGUAUCCAGUUUCUAAACCAGAUGUCAUCUCCAAGUUGGAACAAGGAGAAGAGCCAUGGAUCAUAAAGAGAGACAUAUCAAACUGGAUCUAUCCAGAUGAAUAUCAGGCAGAUGGGAGACAAGACAGGAAGAGUAACCUUCACAACUCCCAGUCAUGUAUUUUGGGGACAGUUUCCUUCCAUCAUAAGAUACUGAAAGGAGUCACAAAGGAUGGUUCAUUGUGCUCCAUUUUAAAAGUCUGUCAAGGUGAUGGUCAGCUGCAGAGAAUUCUAGAGAAUCAAGACAAACUCUUCAGGCAGGUCACAUUUGUUAACAGCAAAACAGUGACUGAGGCAUCAGGGCAUAAAUAUAAUCCAUUGGGGAAAAUAUUUCAAGAGUGCAUAGAAACAGGUACAUCAAUACAGAGAUUCCAUAAAUAUGAUGCUUUGAAAAAGAACUUAAAACCAAAUAUUGACCUACCGAGUUGUUAUAAGAGCAAUUCAAGAAAAAAAAUUGAUCAGAGUUUUGGAGGUAGAAAAUCAUCUAGCCAGAGUGAGCCCAAUUCUAAUCUUGAGAAGAUUCACAAUGGAGUAAUACCUUUUGAUGAUAAUCAGUAUGGAAACGUUUUUAGAAAUACACAAUCCCUUAUUCAGUAUCAGAAUGUGGAAACUAAAGAGAAAACUUGUGUAUGUGUUACAUGUGGAAAAGCCUUUGCUAAGAAGUCACAGCUCAUUGUACAUCAAAGAAUUCAUACUGGAAAGAAGCCAUAUGAUUGUGGUGCAUGCGGAAAAGCCUUCAGUGAGAAGUUUCAUCUUGUUGUACAUCAGAGAACUCAUACUGGGGAGAAACCUUAUGAUUGUUCUGAAUGUGGAAAAGCCUUCUCUCAGAAAUCAUCCCUUAUUAUACAUCAGAGAGUUCACACUGGGGAAAAACCCUAUGAAUGUAGUGAAUGCGGGAAAGCCUUCUCCCAGAAAUCACCCCUCAUUAUACAUCAGAGAAUACAUACUGGGGAAAAACCCUAUGAAUGUAGAGAGUGUGGGAAGGCCUUUUCCCAGAAGUCACAGCUGAUUAUACACCAUAGAGCUCAUACUGGAGAGAAACCAUAUGAGUGUACCGAAUGUGGGAAAGCCUUCUGUGAGAAGUCCCACCUCAUUAUACAUAAAAGAAUUCACACUGGUGAGAAACCCUACAAAUGUGCUCAAUGUGAGGAAGCCUUCAGCAGGAAGACAGAACUCAUUACACAUCAGUUAGUUCAUACUGGGGAAAAACCUUAUGAAUGUACUGAAUGUGGGAAGACAUUCUCCCGCAAAUCACAGCUCAUCAUACAUCAGAGAACACAUACUGGAGAAAAACCCUAUAAAUGUAGUGAAUGUGGCAAAGCCUUCUGCCAGAAGUCACAUCUCAUUGGACAUCAGAGAAUUCACACAGGAGAAAAACCUUAUAUAUGUACCGAAUGUGGGAAAGCCUUCUCUCAGAAGUCUCACCUUCCGGGACACCAGCGAAUUCAUACAGGAGAGAAACCUUACAUAUGUGCUGAAUGUGGAAAGGCCUUUUCUCAGAAGUCAGACCUUGUUUUACAUCAGAGGAUUCAUACUGGGGAAAGACCCUAUCAGUGUGCUAUAUGUGGGAAGGCCUUCAUCCAGAAGUCACAACUAACUGUACACCAGAGAAUUCAUACAUUGGUAAAAUCAUAAUGAACUGGCCAUAGAAAAGCCUUAGAAUUAGCUCAAGCCUUAAUAAUUACUAGAAACCCAAUUAAUUUGAUAAGCUUGGGGACAAUAUCCCAAUAGAUAAAAAUUUUUAAGGGAAUCUGUUUCUAGUUUGGUGAUGCCUAACUUUUCCAGCAAAGAUGAUGGAAAAUAGUUAUAUAAAUGAAGAACAUUUUUAAUAUGGCAUGUAAAGAUUUUAAAGUUAUGAACUCAGUGAUCAGUGCAGCAAGUUAAGCAUACAGAAUAUUGUCAAGUUGCAUAUUCCUUAUACUACAUAAUGAUAAUCAGCCAUUGUGAAACUGCUAAUAUUAACUUGGCAUAAUUAUGGCCAUAAAGUAAUUUUCUAUAAAAGACGUGGAAGAAAACUUGAGUAAACAACAAGAUAAAACCUAUACGCUAUUUUAAGAAGGGGCUUGAGCAUGACCCCUAAAGCUACAUGUAAAGGUCUUGUACAAAAAAUGGAACGAUAGGUUGAUCAGAUUCAGUAAAGUUGAUCUGUAUGCAUUUUCCCAUCUCAAGCAUAUAAGUUGACCUGCAUCUCUGGAAGGACCUUGAGAUUGAUGCAUUUUGAGCAGGUCUCCCUUUUAUUCUCCCCAGCUGGGAACUUGGAGCUGAAAAACAUUGGCACUGAGGCCAGAUGAUCUUGGGUUUAAUCCUGGCUCAGUGACUCACAGAUUGUGUGACUUGAGGCAAACAUACUUCCCCUGAGUAUUUUUUAUCCGUAAGUACAAAUACAAUGCAGAGCUCAUUUUCAGUUAAUAUUAGUACUUUUAAAAUCUUUACUCUCUAUCUUGAAGCAUUAGAUGCUAAGACUAAUGUGUAAAAACCACAUCUGAACUUGCUUUUCCCUCUGGACACUCUGCUUUUGAUUGUUCAUCCCUAUUAGUGGCUCAUUUUACUGUCUUCUGAUCCUGGUGGCCUUAUUUUUGCUAUGUUAAGGUUAUGUUUUUUAAUACUUGCAUUUAUUUUCAUAUACUUAUAUAAACCAUGGUGAUUGCACAUAAAGACCCUGACUAAUGUCUCUUCACUUCUUUGUGAUCCUUUUCCUGAAGCCCCAACUGUUUUCCUUGAAAACUUACAGGGGAAGACUCUUGGGGGGAGAAGUAAUGCCUGCAUAGCCUUGAGAAUGGCUCAUAGGGGAGAAGUAAUGCCUGCAUAGCCUUGAACUGGAGGUCUCUAAGAUACCUCCUACUAUACUUUCUGUCAUUCCAUCCAUUCCCCAAUAAGCAUUUUUAGAUGAGCACCCUUGCUGGAAGUGACCUGAAGGAGAGCAUACUUGGCAAGUAUGAGAAUGCCUGUGUGAUAAACACAGCAUCUGCACAUAUUUCCUGCUUGAUUUCCUAUCCACUUGAUCCCCUUCCUGCUUGGCUGAACUGUCUAUUGUGAAAACAUGGGGCUCCUCUAGUUGAGAAUGACUGUAGAGUAGAGGGCACGCUGGACAGGGAUGUGGGAACUGAGUAUUAAAGAUGCCAUUCACUGGACAGGGAUGUGGGAACUCAAUAUUGAAGACGUCAUUCCCCCCACAUCCCAGGUGAUUUAUAUAUUAUUGGAGUGGGAAAAGAGAAAUCCAAAAGAGCAAGCCCAUUCAUAAAAUGGAUCUGCUAAUUUUAUUGUUGAAUAACCAAAAUAAAAAUACUAUGUAACAUAUGGGUAGCUAGCACAUGGCUAUAAAACUAGUGGAUUUUUAGCUCUAUUUAUAUGGAACUAAAGCUACAGCUGUGUGGAACUAAGCUUCCCCCCUGUUGAUAAAUGGCAGAUACCCAGUUUUCAUCAAUAGUUACAUUGAGCUUACUCUGAUGUCUUGUUUUGCAUAAUUCUUUUAUCAGGCUUACUCUGAUGGUCUGUUCUUUAUAUUUUUUUUAUCUGUGCAUCCUAUGGUUGCCCCAACAGUGUAUCUAAUAUGUGUGAUUAGUCAUAUUCUUCACUCCUCAACACAAUCACAUCAGUUUUUCACAAUAGUCAAUGAACCUUAUAUCAAAACCUCAAAAACCUUGUUUUAAAAGAUCUUAUAAUUUGGUUCUAAAAUUAUAUACAGAAAUGCUCCAAGGCAAGAGUAGCUAAGACACUUUUGAAGAACAAAUUUGGAUAACUUAUUAGACUUCUUAUAAAACAGUGGUGAUUAAGACAAUGUGGUAUUACAUGAGUAGUCAUGUAGAUCAAUGGUAAAAGAGAAUCUGAAAACUGAUAAUUACCUGCAGACACUUGAAUUAUGACAAAGUUGGCAUUCUAGAACAAUGGGAGGAAACUCACCAUUUCAAUAAUGCCUCUGACUCGGUUAUCCAAAUGGGUAAAACAAAGAAAAAACAAAUUUACUGCAUACUAUUCACAAAAUUUAUUCUGCCUAAACCUAUAAUAGAGGAAAAUGUGUAGCAGUAAGUAUAUAUCAGGCAAAAAAAAAAAAAAAAAAAGAAAGCCUGAAAAUACCUAAGCAACAGUCUCAAUAG